CUCCGUGCUCCCCGGGGGACCCACAUAUAGCAGGGAGUGCCAGGGAGCACCGUCACUGCCAACUUGCUCUCCGGGACGCUCCGAAGCGCCCAAGCCUGCUGUCUGCGAGACGAUGAAGACCUGGAUCCUCCUUGUCGGGGCAGUAGCAGCCCUGAGCUGCGCGUCUGGCCACCUGUACACGGCCCCCGACUCCUGCGAGGGACGCUGCGAGGAGCCCCACAACGAGGAGGACGAGUGCCACUGCAACGCCGAGUGCGAGACGUACCGCAACUGCUGCGAGGAUUACUACAGGCACUGCCGUCCCGGUGGAGAGCGGGCCGAGGGGGCAGCUCGCCCCCGCGAGGGUUUUUCCAGCAGCCGCGAUGCCAUCACCGACGAGGACCUCCUCCGCGUCUCGGAGCAGCUUUACGGGGCGGAUUACAACAAAGCCCGGCCGACCGACGUCGCCAUUAACCCCCAGUACCAGGCCUCCCCCGACGAGACGGGCGAUGAGGAGGACCGCUCCCCGCAGCCGCUCUACAAAUACGUCAACGAGGAGCUCUUCUCCAAACCCACCUACGCAAGCUUCAUUAAACUGCUGGACAACUACCAGAGGGCAACUGGCAGGGAGGAGGAUGUGACGGCGGAGGAGCUGAGGGAGCAGGACAACUUCCUCAGGGAGGUGAUGAAAACGGAGCUCAUGAAAAAACUCUUCGCCUUCCUCCACAAAAAAAACCGCUACAGCUCCGAGCAGGAAUUCCUUGCUGAUUUGAAGGAGAUGUGGUUCGGCCUCUACUCCAGAGGCGACGGUGAGCAGGACUCCAGCGGCUUCGAGCACGUCUUCUCAGGGGAGGUGAAAAAAGGAAAAGUGUCUGGAUUUCACAACUGGAUUCGCUUCUACCUCCUUGAGAAGCAGGGCAUCGUCAACUACUUCAGCCACAACUUUGACGGGCCGUGGGACACCUACCCCGACGUGCUGGGGCUGCAGUUCAGCUGGGACGGCUUUUACAAGGAGGUGGGCUCGGCCUUCAUCGGCUGCAGCCCCGAGUUCGAGUUUGGGCUGUACACGCUGUGCUUCAUCGCACGUCCUGGCAGGGCAUGUUACCUGAGCCUGGGCGGCUACAGCCUCAGCAUCCAGACCUACGCCUGGACCAAGUCCACCUACGGCAACGGCAAGAAGUACAUCGCCACCGCCUACGUGAUCUCGCCCUGAGGCUGGGAGCAGAGGGGGUGACUGCAGCCCCACUCUGGGGCCCUGGGCUGCCCCACGCCAGGGGCCCACGGCACUGGGCAGGACUGGUCUGGCUGUGGGAGGCGGACGGCCGCUCUGCAGGACCGGCGCAAGGUGCUGGAGGGAACUGGGCAGGACGGCGGUGGCCGUGCCCUGCGUGGGAGCCGGGAGGGGCUGGAGGCAGCCUCGCCCCCUCCCCACCACCACCACCUCCCCAGUCCCGUGGGGUGUCGUGUUCCCCAGCUGCAGCAGGAGGGGGGGUCUCACAGCGGAAAGUAGCACACCCGAGCAAAGUAAAUACUGACCCUGGA